GCUCAGUUGCUAAGCUGCAGCCGAGGAGGAGAACCUCAACUGUCAACAGGCGGGAUAUCUCCGGUCAUGAGCCCCUAAACAGAGGAUCCACCGACGGUUAACCGAUUAAACUUUGACCCCCCUGUGCAUUCACAUGAUUACCGGCGGGCAGACGAAGGUAAAGUGUUCCUGAUGGUCUGUUUUCAGCUGUAAUGAGCUAACCUUACAGACAGGUGAACUCUGCUAACUUUAGCUCCUGUUACCGCAGACGGUGGUGAGACCAUCACAGACUGAUUUACAGGUGUCGGAGAGCACUGAUGGACUUAAAGUCAACACUCUGAGACUUCAAACUCACUUCAGCUCAGUCUAAGUUUGAGCUAAUUUACUGUUUUAUCUGCUAAAUUAGUUAAGAUGUGAAACUUAAUCAGAUUAAUUUACAUUAACUCAGAAUUAAACUGGCUUUAGUUUGCUGUCCCAUUCUGGAGGUUUGUGUUUGAGUAAGUUUUAGUCCAUUAAUACAUCUAUACUAAUGUGGGUGUCAAAUACUCAGUAAGACUGGAUCAGUUAUUCUGUGAUAUUUGUGAAUUAGAUAUUCAGUCAAAUUUUAUUUAUAUAGCGCCGAUUCUCAACAGUCGUCAUCCCAAGAUGCUUUUCAGAGAACAAGAGCAGGUCUAGACCACGCUCAUUGUUUGAUGAAUUAUCAAGACCCAACCUGAGAUGGGAUUUGGCCCAUCUCAUCUAACAUGAGUAACAGAGGUGAGGAAAAACUUCCUUUUAACCGGCAGAAACCUUGGAGAGGACCAGACUGAUGCUGGACAGCCACCAAGCCGCUGCUGAGCUGGGGAGGAAUACAGAGAGAGGUAGGGAGGGAGAGAGAGGAGUAGGAGGUAGAGAAAGAGAACAAGGGAGAAGGAAGGAGAGAGAGAACGAGCAAGGAAGAGGGAGGGAGAGAGAGAGAGACAGGGGACAGCAGUAACAUUAAAACAACAACAACAACAACAGCUCAUGUAAAACAAAAUAAUUCAGUUUACAGGGUUAGGAUAUGAGUAAUUAUGGACAAUGUUAAACUAAUUUAAUGUGAUUACAGUCAGCAGGCCGAAUAGUAGUCAACUCUAGUUUUAUGUUAUUAAUGUCAGUGAGGCUGAUGAUGAACACUCAAUCAAUUAGUCUGUCAAACCUUUACUAAUACUUGAACAAGCAUUUAUAAUGAUAUCAGUCAGAUAAUGGACAACAUUCAGACUCCAAAGACUGAACAGAGGCCGUUAAAAUAGUCAAACGAGAGAUUCUGACAUGGAAAUUAAAAUAUUUAAUACUAAUAUAUAACAAAGUGUUUGAGAUAAAGUAUCAGCUGCACUAAAAUUGUCAAGUAGACUGAUGAUUAAGAUGGGGUACCACUCUUAAUUUGUUCUGGCGUACAUAUUCUCAUUCAUGUCUGCAAAUUUGUUACUAAAAGGUAUACGGAAUACAUUUAUGUCUACAAACCAUGUGCAAUUUUAGACACUCAUCUGCCAGUGCAAUCCUGUGCUAUGGGCAUCAUGCAAUUCAAUUCAAUCUCGCACUUACGCACUCAUCACUUUAACAAGCUGAACUGUAGCAAAUGGCACUUUAAACACCUUUAGCACAUGACACUUUAAUUAACACUUUAGCACUUUACAAUUCUCUUUUUUAAUCUUUUUGGUCCCUUUACUAUUGGUCACUUAGUUUUUGGUCUGUGUACGUUGUUCAUGUAUAUUAUGUGUAUGUUGUCAGUGUUUCACUAUCUUAGUCAUGUUGUUUGUACUUUUAACAUUAUUGCUUUUAUGUUUAACAUCAACCUGUCAAUGGGACCGGGGAUGGAAAUUAGCCAUUUGGCUAUAAUCCCACAUAUUCACAUGUAAAUGUUCAUCAAUAUGUACUGUUCCCAUUUUUCAAAAUAAAUAAAUAGAAAAAGAAAUAGGUGUGCUAAUGAAAAACAGUUACAGGAAGAUGUUUAAAGUUGAAAAUGUACUUUUUAUGGACUGUCCAAGAGAGAUAAAGUAUUAGAAGUGAUCCCAAAAUAAGUAUAAAGACUUUAAAGCACAUUGCAUUACAGAAAGAGGACACUAUUAUUACAGAAGCUAAAUUUAACAAUAGAGUAAUGAUAUAUGAGGCUAAAGUAAGUUAAAGAUGUCUGAUAUUUGUCCUUGUCAGUGUUUACAGCCCUUAUCCCAUCACUUGUCAUGGUUCUGUCUGUACAUGAGUUCACUGAGCCUCCCUGAAGACUGUCCUGAAGUCUGCUCUUCAGUACGACAGGAGCUGCAGCCGAGCCGCUGAUGGAGGGAGUUAUUUCUCUGUUACUCUCAGGGGAACUUCUUUUACAUGCUUACUCAUGAUUCUGUACGACUAUGGUGUCAAAAUUCUGCAUUGAUCAUUUUAGUCUAUAUUUGUAUGUUUGACCUUUGACCUGAGCUUCACUCUACACAAUGAUGAAUGAUUUGAUCUUCAGUUUCCUGGAUCGCUGGUUUGGAGCUCAUCUCAUUAAACUGCUGUUCUGCGAUAAUUCAAAUGUCCUCUCGCUACAGCGUGGUCUACAGGAAUGUAACAUAACUGCUUAAGUAAUCAGCUUUAGUAAUGGAGUCCGACCUGCAGACCAACAUGUUAUACAGCCCCUCUUUAUCUUCUUAUAGGCACCACACUGAGUCCAUUCACAUCCCCCACUUCUCUGCUGUGUUUCGAGGAGCUGUUGUUGCAGCUUGGCCGACGUUGUUGUUGUUGUUGUUGUUGCCUUUUUAAAAGAACCAGGUCACCCUUUUUAAAACUAUCCUGCAGUUUGAUAUUCAGUCAUUUCUGAGUGUAACCUUAAAUGUUAAGAGUUCAUACUGACAGACCGAUCGAGAUCAUUGGAGAGAGGAGGAUUUGGAGAGUACAAAUCUUCCCUGGAGCAACACUCAAGUGUCCAUGCAGCAUUUUAAGAGGCUCUGUGAUCUACUCUGAUAAAGCUCCUGACUCUUCUGGGUUUUGGAAACUGAUUUCAGGCCAGAAAAGAGGAAAAAUAUAAUCAAAUAAAAAACAGUUCCUGACACUGAUCUCAUCUUCUGUGUCAUAUCUCUGUGGUUUCUGUCUGUGCAGGGGGAGGACGCUCAGUGCACAGGGUGAGAGAGAAGCUGAUGUCUGCCCUCAGAGGUCCAGACUCAUCUUGAUGUUUUAACUUCAGCCGGGGUCGAGGAUUUCUAAGAAGCAGCCGGGCUCCCAGUCUGACCAGUAUGGCUGUUGCCAACCCCACCAAGAUCUCCUGGAAGCUGCGUGAGUCAAGUCUCAAAAUCUCCUCUUUGAAAUUUGACUGAAAAUACUCGUGAAACUUUACCUGACGCCCGUUUUUACCUGCUGUUUACAAACUAUUUUCAUACAAACAGAACAAAACUGAAGAUGACUCUCUUGAAUUUUUGUACAGAGGGGUUCGAGGCUCACUCCCGCAGCGUUUCCUGUUUGUCACUGGCAAAGAGCUCCGGCCGCCUGCUCGCCACAGGAGGAGAAGACUGCACGGUCAACAUCUGGGCCAUCAGCAAGGUCAACUGCAUCAUGGUGGGACAUCCUCACUUCAACACCGAUCACCUGCUGUAUGCACCGCUCACUGCUUUACUUACUUCUUGUGCUUCUUUUGCGGUCCCUCAGAGUUUGACUGGGCAUAAAAACCCGGUGGAGUGUGUGCUGUUCAACAUGUCAGAGGAGCAGGUGGUCGCCGGCUCCAGAUCUGGAUCAAUACGAAUCUGGGACCUGGAGGCUGCAAAGAGUGAGAUCUAGUUUGUUCUCCGUUAGUGAUCGUGAACAGAUUCAAUGAUUUCUCAGUACCUUCAGUACUUCAGUUUCUCAGUAACGUCUCAUGUGUUCUUGUUGUCUUCAGGUUUAAGGACUCUGAUGGGACACAAAGCCAACAUCACCAGUUUAGGCUUCCAUCCUUUUGGGGAUUUCCUCGCAUCCAGCUCCAUGGACACAAACAUCAAGGUAGAGAAGUCGAUGUGCACUUCAGGGUCCAGUUUUUGAGUUUCAUUCGUUACAUUGUUAGAACUUUAAAGGUGGGGUAGUCAGGAUCUGAGGAAGUGCCAGUUUUUAGGAUUAUUAUUAUUAUCAAAUGAACAUGAACCUGUGGGCGAGAACAUCUUUAUUCAUAAUCUGCAUUCAUGGUUUUCCUCUCUCUCCCUGAACGUGAACGUGGCGUCUCUGACAGCUGUGGGACGUGCGAAGGAAAGGAUACGUGUUCAGAUACAAGGUAAGAGCCGCGGCGUGCUGAGCGGGUUGUGUUUUUUUGUAAUCAUUUUAAAACUUUAAGGUUUAGGUCGUUUUUAAAUUCUCUGUAAUGUAAAAAAAACGUUACAGCUUUUAGUGUGAAAAACAGCGCUGAAGGUCAACGGAAAACAACAAAUGACACGAACACAAAAAUAUUCAAGAAAAUGGAAAAAUAUGUUUCUAAGUAAAAAUAUUUUGCUGCAAUUUUUUUUUUACUUAAAUCUAUUUUAUUUUGAAAUAAAUUUUUGUGUUUCAGUUAUUUAUGUUUUCACUGUAUUUUUGUUGUUUAGCGCUAACUUUCUGAGCGUCAGAGGUUUUAUUUUGAAGGACAGAGCCUCUCUUACAUAUGUGGUCAGUCAAGUCUUGCUUGUAUUUGCGUCGCAGGGUCACACGCAGGCGGUGAGGAGUCUGGCCUUCAGUCCAGACGGGAAGUGGUUGGCCUCAGCCAGCGAUGACUGCACCGUGAAGGUACGAACUGACCUGACAGAACAGAGAGACGAAAAUCACAAAGUUUGGAGAAGAAGGAAGGUUGAUUUAAAAGACACAAGUUUGGUGUGGCCGCAUUUAUUUGUACAGCGUUCAAAAAGAAAUAUAAGAUCAAUUAAUUUAUCCUUAAAGCUGCUAUGAGGGAGUUUUUUUUGACAGAUUUACGUUGGUGCCUUUUAGACCUGGCUGCAGAAACAAAUGAGAGGGGGGCGCACUUAUUUAUACCUGUAUUUUAUCUACUUCAGGCUUAACAGCAGCUCUUGGCCACUCCCACAGUAUUGAAAUGUUAUUUUCUCUCAGUAACAAGAGGCGUUUCAUCUUUAAAUAUACAGGAAAUACAGUGGUGACUGUAGUGCUGUGUUCAUUUAUUGUCAAUAAGACAGAGGCCAGGGGCAUUCAGAGAAUCAGCCAGAGGACUUUUCCUGGGAAAAAUAAGCAAAGGCUACUUUGUCCACAGGGGGCGCCAAAAUUGACACAAACCAAAAGCCCCUCACAGGAGCUUUAAGGAUGGCUACGAUGACUUUAAACAUACUUUUUCAUAUUCAGACUCAAACCAGCAGUGAAUCUGUCUAUAAAUAAUGAAUCUGAUGAGUAUUCAUGGUUUGGUUUGGUUUAGUUUGUGAAGUGUCUUUUCUCUCUUUUUGAUCGCGUCUCUCUCGCCUCUGUCAGCUUUGGGAUCUCACUCAGGGAAAGACAAUCACAGAGUUCAAAUCUCACACCGCAGCCGUCAACAUCGUUCAGUUUCACCCCAACGAGUAUCUGCUGGCAUCGGGAAGCUCUGACAGGUACGACAACAACCUGAGGACGUGAGUCAGUCCUCGGGGACAUGGUUUCGUUCUGCUUUCAGAUGAACCAUGAUGUGAUCGCAGCAGCUCUGCGUUACUGUGAACCUGCUCCUGGACGCUCACAGAGUUUUUGUUUACAUUGACCUCCUCAGGACCAUCAAGCUGUGGGAUCUGGAGAAGUUCCGGAUGAUCGGCUCAUUAGAGGGAGACACCACUCCUGUCAGGUGAGUUUUUAUCACCGUCAGAGUAGAGCAACAUGUCGGCAGACUGUGACCUCUGACCUCUGUCUCUGUGUUGUAUAUUAGGUGUAUAUUCUUCAGCCCAGACGGCAGCUGUCUGUACAGCGGGGCCACAGAUUCUCUGCGGGUCUUUGGCUGGGAGCCGGACCGCUGUUUCGAUGUCGUUCCCGUGGGCUGGGGAAAAGUCGCUGAUCUCGCCGUGUGCAACCAACAGCUGGUGCGUAGCUUUACCCGCGGGAGAGAAACAUCACUGCUGAUCAUGAACACAUCCUGAAAACUCAUCUCUCCCCUGUUUUCGUCAGAUCGGCGUGUCUCACGAGCUCUCCAGUGUGUCUUCAUACGUGGUGGAUCUGAAGCGGGUGAAGAAGAGCGGCGGCUCCGUGAUCCAGGGAAUCAUCAAGGACAGCCAGCCGCUCUCAGAGCCGAAGGAUGCCAAAGGAGCAGCCCUGCGCAGAAACUACGACAGACCCACGACCACCUGCAGCUCACAGAGGUUCGACUCACAGUUACACCGAUCUUAGAGCUCACACGCCACAGAUCAGAGCGAUCUUUACUACUCUGCCAUGAAAGGAAGAGUUUGAGUUUCUGCUUGGAUCUGAGGGUGAAGCACAGGUAUAACACGCUUCUUUAGAUCAAAACAAACACCUGUCAACAGACGGAGAGGAGGGGCUUACUAAGGUCAUUAAGGUCACUGUAAGAACAUAAGGUCUAUGGCAUGUUUAUGGUCAGAGCUGCAGGUUCAUCUGAUGCACACAGACAAUCAGUCCACAGGAGCAGGUUUUAAAUCAUGUCGUCAGUGAUUUCACAUGAAGUAGAAGAAACUGAAACUCUGUUCUUUCUUUUGACGCCUUUGUGAAGCUUCAAAGUUCACCAAAAAAGAGUUAAAGGGACAUUCCCGUGUAAAAUUAAUUUAGGGUCAAACCGUAACACCGAGUUAGACCCCCCCUCCAGAGAUGAAUGUUGUCGACCGCUUGCUUCUCUAGUUAUACCAACUUUAGUAACGACUGCAGGAUAGUAAUACAGAGAGCCACGCCCUCAACCAAAACGCCACUCUAUAGCCACAAAUAAUGCUCAGAACAGCACCUAACUUCAUCAACAGGACAUAUAGGGUCACAGACAUAGUACUAGACACCAAACAUCUUUUUAACUUUGACUCAUUUCUUUAGCAAAGAGACUAAACACAACUCACCUACUCUCUUCCAGCAGCCGCUUGUUUCUAGAGACCUCAGGCCAGUCUAUUACAGACUACAGCGGGGUGACGCAGCUCAAGGAAGAACAUUUAUGAUCAUAACGUUUUAAAAUUAAAAGCCAGAUUAUUUUACAACAUGAACUUGUUCUUAUUUGAGUUGUGCGUCACUCAGUCAAACGUUGUGGUGUCGUCAGGUUGAGGCAGAGCUCAGAAGCUGAUAGGCGGAGUCCCGAGGGUGAGAGGCGGAGCCCCAGUGAGGACGAGGCGGAGGAGAAACUGUCGUCCGCUGAAAUCCACAACGCCGAAGAUUACAAAGAAAUCUUCCAGCCGAAGAACGCCAUCUGUAAGUUCACGAUCAGCUGAUCCACGCUCUCGUUUCCUCCGUAUUUAUGAUCGAUAUGCUGACUCAGCUCUUCUGUCUUUUAGCUCGCACUCCUCCCAAGAUGUCCGAGCCUUUUCCCGCUCCUCCAGAGGACGGUGAGACACGAGUUAACAGUGUGUUCACAUUCAGCACUCACCUGAUUUUAAAAACAAAGAUUGACUUCACCUCUUCAUCUUCUUCUUCUUCAGAGACAAUUUUAGCGAUCAGUCGUCAGCUGAAGGACAUGGUCUCUCCAUUUCCUGACAAGAUGCAGGUCAGUGAACGCAGCGUCUCCAGUGUUUUUUUAAUGAGUGAGUGUUUCUGCUUUUUCACAUAAAGCCAUGUUUUUUAUGUCCCAGGCUGCUCCACAGGCGUCUUCCACGCCAGUCCAGAGGGUGGAGCCCACAGUGGUGUCUUCUGCCACGCGGCCCGUCCCCUCAGUUGCAGUCCCACCUCCCUCAAACCCCCCUCCCUCCUCAGGCCCGCCUCCUCCUUCGCAGCCUCCGGUCAUCACUUCAAAGUCCAAACCACAACCCAAGAUCAUCCCGAGCACCAGGAACGAGCCCAUCGGAUUGAACGUGGCCGACUUCCUGCCAGUGAGCUCCUCAGUUUUUAUUCAGAGUCCUGCAGCUCUGUAGACUUUGGAUCAGAACCUGAAUUUGUUAGAUUGAUAACGUUUGUGAUCAUUCAGUCUGGGUUUGAGAGAGGAGGCCAUAUUUGUCUACUGUGUCUCUCCUCAGUCUCCUCCCAACAACCGAGCCGGCGCUCUGAGCGACGAGGAGGCUCUGUCCCAGAUCAAGAAAGGUCACGACACCAUGUGUGUGAUGCUGAGCAGCCGACACAAAAACCUGCAGACUGUCCGAGCCGUGUGGGCCCGGGAGGACGUCAAGGUGAGACUCUCCUGUGUUUCUGACAGCCAAUGAAAAGAAAGCUGCUGGAUGAGCACCCAGGACUUGGUAGUGGCCGGCGCCAAACUCCCCCCAGAUUUCACAUCCUCACAGUCAUGCUUCACUCACUCCUAGUAAACGAAUCACAAAAUCCCAGUUAGGAGCAGAUUUGAGUUGUCAUGCAUUUGAGUCGUCACACACAUCUUCUCGCUCUCUGUUGCUGGGUUUCAAAUGAACUAAUGGCUCGGCUGGAUUGUUGUUUUCGAUUUGGGCUCGGCCACUUUGUCCUCGUUGUUAUUUUUUAGACGCAGCUCUGAGUCAAACUUGCUCUCGUGUUUGUGUCUUCUCUCUCUGCAGAGCGCUCUGGAUGCUGCUGUCGCCAUGAACGACCUGUCGAUCGUCGUGGACAUCCUCAACAUUAUCAACCUACAACCGUAAGACACGACAAACUCAUCCUUCACACCUUUAUGUUUUUGAAUUUGUCAAACUUUUGUUCAUAAUAUGUUGGAUAACAUGGUUGUGAUUUGAGUUUUAUUGGUAAGAUAUAAACUAAAUCUGAUCGUUUUUGGACUGGAAUGAAACACACAUGGAUUCAUAAAGUCAGAUGUGAAUAAAUAUGAAGGAGGAGCACUUAGAGCUCGUGUUUUAUUCUGACUCUGAUCUCUUUCAGGUCUCUGUGGAAGCUGGACCUCUGCACAACAGUCCUCCCUCAGAUCGACAAACUCCUGCAGAGUAAAUAUGAGAGGUGAGCGGCUCUGAGUGAACCUCCAGUGUUCCUCUAGACCUGAUUCUGGAUUAUGUGGAACGAUAAAGAUUAAAAAAUAUUUUUCGGAGACAGAAGGAGAGCUUUACACUCCCUGUCACAAGAUCAGAUGAAGAUGUGCGACUGUGUGUUUGUGACUGUCUGUCUGUCUUUGUGUGUUAUCAGUUACAUGCAGACCGGCUGCACGUCUCUAAAGCUGAUCAUGAAACACUUCUGGACGCUGAUCUCAGACACGCUUAAGGCCACGCCCUCUGUAGGAGUGGACAUCACACGGGAGGAGCGGUGAGUCACAGCCGUCUGAAUGAAAGCGUGGAGUCAGAUCUGUCAUUGUUUGUGGUUUGGAGCCGGAUAAAAAACGGCGAUCUAAGAGACAGCAGAGCAAGCGUUUGUCCUGCGCAGCUCACUCUCUUCAUGAUGAUGUUGUUUCUGCAGACACCACAAGUGCAGAGCGUGCUGCAAGCAGCUGAAGAACCUGAGCAACCUGGUGAAGAACAGAGCGGCGCAGGUCGGUCGUCAUGGCAGCGCCUUCAAAGAACUGCAGCUACUGAUGGCGCCGCUUGAUGACGCCCUCUGAGAGCGCCUGGACUCGACCACUGGACUGCUUCUAACCCACCUAUCUGACGGGGGACCAUCAGGUGUCAGCUGACCACAAACAGGAGCUCAUUCACCUGAGGUUCAGACAUUUCUGCACUUUGUGUCUCGAUAUGGUCACGUGAGACAAAUGAAGAAAAAGAUAAAGUUGAAUUUGAAACGCUCCGGAGGCCUCGGUCACACACUGGACGUGGGGAGAGGAACUGUGUGAACAAAAGUGUUACUUAAAAAAAAAACAUAUCCAGAGACUGAGAUUAACGGCUGUUUGGAGAGCGUCCUGACCGAGACGGACGCAGCUUUGAGCAUCCAGACUGGACACCUCCUGCAGGCUCGGCUCUUCAAACAGAGUCAGGCCUCCUGCCUGAGAAUAAAACGACAAUCUGAGAAGUCUGACUCUGAACAAAAACUCUCCGAAGAAGCUGGUCGACCAAAACCUGUGCACCCCUAACGCUCACUAAUGAACACUCGGACACUCGUUGCUCAGACGACAGAGAGUCUGUCACAUUUCUUGUCACACUUGAACACUCGAUCACUUUGUCUCACUCUGUAGAUUUGUUGUUUUUUUUACACAGACCGACUGAGGCGAAGACUAACUUUGUUUUCGGACGUCUAACACUAAAAAAACCUGAGGAGGAAAAGCAGAACCACAUUCCUACACACUGAUUUCAACAUUUUCAAAGUCUUUUUCUACUCUCUCAACUUUUCACACUUUUCAGACAUUAUUGUAAAUGUACAGUUCUACUGUUUAUUUAAGAAAUAAAGUUGUUUAUGUCGGGACACGGGAUUGAAGAAGAAAAUGAAAGACCUACACGGACAGAUUGGUGUAACUUGUCUGCCCUUUCAUGAAGUACUAAUAAAGUUUUCAAAAAUGAUCAAA